AUGAAAACACAGGAACCGUGAACAAAAUUCUUGAAAUAAUCGUUCACAAAGAUGCGUUUUGUGGAAGUUUUUCAGACAUGCUGGUUGACGACACUGUUCGGGGCACUGCUGUUCAUUAAUGGGUCGGUUUUUCUCGUUUGGAAUGAGGGCCGGGCGAUCAGGAUCCUGCUCUCGUUGGAUGAGGCUCUGUCGGACGCGUUCACCGUGCGGGCGGAUAGUCCAUACGAGAAACAAUAUGAAGGGCGGCUCGUUCAUCUUAAUGGACCGAUGAUAACGGGAGAACCUUUGACCGAACCCGAUUACAACAUUCAGGUGCAGGCGGUGAAGCUGAAACGCCGGGUCCAGAUGUACCAAUGGGUCGAGGAGACAGUGGAAAACCGAUUUGGUGAAACAGUAGCCACGGUGGAAACGGACGAAAGGUCCUAUUUCUAUAAUCGCGAAUGGCGUGACGAGUUGGUCGAUUCUAGGAGCUUCUAUAUCCGUCACGGGCACCACAACCCUACAGCCUUUCCGCUGGACUCGACGGUGCACACAUCGGAGCACGUUUACAUCGGUCCGUACGAGCUCGGGGAUUCGGCCAAGAAUCGUUUCCAGAACUUCCAAGAGGUCACUUCCGACACUCGUCCCGAAGAUCCGUCCGUUAAGCUGCACUCCGGACUGUACUAUCACUCCAACGACAUAUGGAACCCGGAGGUUGGCGAUAUUCGAAUACAGUUUGCCUACGCCGGGCUGGAAGGAUCGUACGUGACGGUGGUGGGCAAGCUGGAGCAGGGGAAGAUUGUGCCAUACGAAUCGACACAUUCGCGCAAAGUGCUGCUGCUUGAGCUGGGCGAACACAAUCUGCACGAGAUUUUCCGCAUGGAGCAUCACCAGCAGCGUCUGGUGACCUGGGGUGUUCGAUUCGCCGGGUGGGUGAUGCUGUUCUUCGCCGCUACCUGCUGUACCACCAUCAUGGAGCAUUUGGUUCGCCAGCACAGGCUGCUGCGGAUUUUCUGCCCGGAUGCAACGUUCAACUUUCACCGCAACGCUACUUUCUCGUUUUCGGUGGCACUGGUGAUUGUAUCCAUCGCCUGGAUUGCCCAUCGGCCCUGGUUGGGAGGUGGCCUGCUGGUUGCCGCGAUGUCACCGUUCCUCUACUGUGCCCGCGGUAUGAUGGGAAACUAUCAGCGAGUUGACUGAAUCUGGGCGAGAUUCUCAUUUCAUUUGUUUAAGAUUAUUUAUUGACCAUGCGUUUUCACGUCGUUUCAUACGUUUUGUAG